AUGGGUGCAGCAAAUAAAUACUAUUUCGAGAAAUGCAUUGGAAAAGGGAACUUUGGGGAUGUAUAUCGUGCUAAAAGCAUCAGUUCUGGGAAAACAGUAGCUGUCAAAGUUGUUUGUCUUGAUGAUUCCAGCGAUGAAAUGAAUCAAGUCAUUCAAGAGAUUCAUUUUUUGUCAAAGUUGAGAAACAAGUUCAUUACCCAAUACAUUGAAAGUUAUUUACAUGGUUACAAUAUGUUUAUUGUUAUGGAAUACUGUGGAGGUGGUUCAUGCUCUGAUUUAUUGAGAUGUCAUAAGCAUUUGGAUGAAGGUGUUGUUAGUUAUAUCAUCAAAGGCGUCCUUUCUGGUUUAAGUUAUUUGCAUGCAGAACACAAGGUUCACCGUGAUAUCAAACUGGCAAAUAUAUUGUUGACUGAAGAUGCCCAGGUUAAGUUAGCUGAUUUUGGGGUAAGUGGUGAAAUUACAAUGACUAGGUUGAAAAAGAACACGUUUGUGGGAACUCCAUUUUGGAUGGCGCCGGAAGUAAUAGCUAGAUCGAAGACGAAAGGAGAAAGUGGAUAUAACGAAAAAGCAGAUAUUUGGUCAACUGGUAUUACAACUAUUGAAUUGGUUACUGGAUAUCCUCCAUUAUCUCAGUAUGAUCCUUUGAAAGUUCUAUUUGAAAUCCCGAAAAAGAGACCACCUAUACUUCAAGGGUGUAGCUACAGCGCUAACAUAAAGGAUUUUGUCAAGUAUUGCUUGUUGAAAGAUCCCCUGAAGAGACCAAGUUCCAAUACAUUGUUGCACCAUCAUUUCAUUACCCGUGGAUCAAACGUGCGGGAAAAAUUGAUUGAAUUAAUCAAUGCAAAAAACGUCCGUAUGGAACUGAAGGUGAAAAAGCCUCGACAUAAGAUAUCACCGGCAAAUGAACAUAAUAGUGCAUUACUGACGCCAAUAGUUUGGACAUUUGAAACAAACAGAAAUUUGCACUCAUUUUUAAAUAUUGACUUAGCCAUGGAACAAGAUGAACUGCAAGGUCCAACCAAACACAUAUGUCAAGUGGAAGAGAAAGAAGAGGACAAGUUCAAAGAAGAAACCGAAAUGCUGCAUGAACUUGUGCCAACCGCACCUCGGUCUCCGGUGGGAAGAUUCGCUAAAGAUAAAGCGUGUAUGUUGUUUUAUUGUUUGGAGCGGGUAUAUCAUCGGGGAAAAAAUGAAUUUACAAAGCUGGCGGUUGCAGAGUUAAUGAAGAGCAUUCAACAGCAUGAGCAAGAACAACCGGGAUUAUGUCAUACGAUUGUGGAGGAAUUUGAGCGUUUGCUCACAACUGCAAAUAAUAAACCAUAG